CAGCCUGGGUCGGUGACCCGUCUCCAUCACCAUCAUCAGCAUGCUGUCCCUGCUGGGCGUCCUCCUCGUCCCCCUCAUGAACAGAGUCUUCUUCAAGUUCCUGCUCAGCUUCCUGGUGGCGCUGGCCGUGGGAACGCUGAGCGGCGACGCCUUCCUGCACCUCAUUCCUCAUUCUCAUGGGAAUCACGACCACUACCAUCACCCGGACAACCACCACCAUCACCUGGACGACCCCGAGGCCCUUCACCAUCACAACGAGGAGAACAUGGACGGCGUGUGGAAAGGCCUGACGGCUCUGGGCGGAGUCUACUUCAUGUUCCUGAUCGAACACUUCCUGACUCUGGGAAAAAUGUACAAAGACAAGAAACAAAAGGUCCAGAGGAACUGGGACCAGUCGGACAAAUCGGACCCGGAGAAGCAGCCGGCUCUGGAGGAGAGCGAGCUGAAGCCAAACGAAGACGUGGAGCCGAACGGCGCCGGUGCGUUCGGCGAGCUCCCCGGCGGCGUGUCGGAGGAGGAGCAGGUGAUGCUGACGCCGCAGGUUUCCGUGGUAACGCAGCAGACGUACGGCCGGCCCGCGGGGGGCGACACCGGCGCCGGAUACUCGGCCGAGGACUGCGAGAACAAAUGCCACUCCCACUUCCACGACACGGUGGGGCAGGCGGACAGCAUGCACCACCAUCACCAUGACUACCACCACAUCCUGCACCACCACCACUCCCAGAACCACCACCCCCACAGCCACUCCCACUCCUACUCCGAGGAGCACUUCCAGCAGGCCGGCGUCGCCGCGCUGGCCUGGAUGGUCAUCAUGGGCGACGGCCUACACAACUUCAGCGACGGCCUCGCCAUCGGAGCCGCCUUCAGCGAGAGUCUGUCCAGCGGGCUGAGCACAUCGGUGGCCGUUUUCUGCCACGAGUUGCCACACGAGCUGGGUGACUUUGCGGUGCUGCUGAAGGCGGGCAUGACGGUUCGCCAGGCCAUCCUCUACAACGUUCUGUCGGCCAUGACGGCGUACCUCGGCAUGGUGACGGGCAUCCUGAUUGGUCACUACGCUGAACACAUUUCCACCUGGAUCUUUGCCCUGACGGCCGGACUCUUCUUGUACGUGUCGCUGGUGGACAUGGUGCCGGAGAUGCUGCACAACGACGCCGGCGACCACGGCUUCAGCCACUGGGGCUUCUUCCUGCUGCAGAACGCCGGCAUCCUGCUGGGCUUCUGCAUCAUGCUGCUCAUCGCGCUGUUUGAGCACAAAAUCCACCUGGACCUGGGAUACUGACCCGCUCCGCUGCAUCCUGUUUCAGUUCACAGCAGGAAGCCUGGAGGGAGCCUGGAGGGAGCCUGGAGGAAUCCUGGAGGAAUCCAGGCCUGGAGGGAGCCUGGAGGAAUCCUGGAGGAGUCCAGGCCUGGAGCCGCUCAGUCGGGUUCACAGGUGGAAACUGUCUGGAGUUUCUUCUGGGUUUCUUUGAAAACAUUAAUUUCCUCUCUGAAGUUCACCUGUUGGGUCAAUUAGUUUAGUUUUUUCUGUGAUUUUCAUGUUUUUCUCAGUGAAACCUGAUCAGUGUUACAAAGGUUCAACCUUCCCAACCACAGUUCCUCUGAAAUCUGUGACUGUCUGAAACCUGACAGGAAGCAGAAGAAGGAUGCGGUUCAUGAUGAGUCUCAUGUUACUUCUAGGUUUUUAAAAAUGAAUGUUUGUUGCAUCAUUCAUCCUUCUGGAGGUUUUUGUUCCUGUUCAAUCUGUUUCUCGUCUCUGUCUGGAAUAAAAACUACGUUUUCAAACAGAAAUGCUUUAGAAACUUCAGCUCUGAAAGUUAAACAGAAAAGAAACCCUGAAAUAAAAAGAUUUCUAGAGAAGCACCACCAGGCGGUGCAUUCAGGAGCUGAAGGAGUUUUUAGACUCGGCAUGUUUUUCCUCUAAUCGAUCUUUUAAAACUCCGUUUUAUUAAAAUAAUUCCUGAAACAUUUGGACAGAACCGGACAGAAAACGGAUCCAGUUACAGAGAAAGUCCUGAACCAAAGCUGUUAAAAUGCUUUUAUUUUGAAGGAUUUGGGUUUAAAUCCUCAGAUUUCGGUUCUGGUUCCUGUUAGUUGAAUUUGUGGGUGAAAGUUUGAAGCCAGUUUGUUUCUGUUUUGUAUUUAAUUGUUUUGGUUGUUUAUAAAAUGAAUAUUAGUUAUCAAUCGAUCCGAUAAGAUUUCUUCCCAAACAGCCAAACUGUCUGCAGGUGGAUUUUCAUCCAAUCAGCAUCAAACUAUUUUAUUAAGCAGCAGCUAAAAUAAGCUCCAUGUUUGCUCUGCUCUUAUUGGAUGAAGAAAAACAUCUUUUUAUUUAUUUUAUUUGUUGUAAACAAACUUCUGUUAUUUUCAUUGUUGUAGAAAUGUUCUUCAGCUGACUUCAGGUCAGGAAAGCUUUGUGUUUCCAUGGUUACAGAUUGAAGAUGGCAGCUGAUAGAAAGCAGGUUUUUCCUCCGUGUUUUAAUUUUCUUCUGUUCAGGAUGAAGAGCAGCAGAAGAAUCUGAUUCCUCUGAAGUUCAGGUCAAAGUUUCCUCUGUGGAUCCAACAUGUACAGUAAAUAUUAAACUGUAAAUAUUUACCUGUUUGGUUUCUGUAUCUGGGAUGUUUGUGUAAACAUUGCAUUAUGUUUCACCGACACAAACCCAACCUGCUGCAGAAAAAAUGAAAAGGUUUGGGAAACGAUAGAAAAAUAAAACCCAUUAAAGAUGAAAUCUCA